AUGGAUUUUGAUAUGGAACAUGUAGAUAAUGAGUAUGACGAGGUAGAAGUUGAUGAUGAGCAAGAAUGUGCUGAAAUAGUCGAUGAACCUAAGGUCGGAAUGACAUUUUCAUCUGCAGAAGAAGUUUUGUCUUACUAUAUGAAAUAUGGUAAGCAUGAGGGAUUUGGAGUGUGUAAACGAAAUUCUAAACAAGAUGAUGAUGGUAAUGUCAGAUGGUUUAUCUUAGUAUGUGUGAGAGAAGGCACAUCAAAGAGUAAGGCUGCUAAUGUUCUGAAGCCAAGACAAACGGAGAAAAUAGGGUAUAUGGCCAGGAUUAAUGUGACGAUGAAUGAUGAAGGUGUAUAUACCCUGACUAAAGUAAACUUGGAGCACACACACAUUUGUAGUCCAGGAAAGGCAAGACAUUUCAAAUGUUUUAAGAAGGUUAAUGCUCGUGUAGCUAAAAGACUUGAAAUAAACGACGAGGCAGGAAUACGUAUGUCAAAGAAUUUCAAGUCUCUAGUUGUUGAGGCGGGGGGUUACGAUAAACUAUCAUUUGGGGAGAAUGAGUGUCGAAAUUAUAUUGACAAAGCGAGACAACUUCGUCUUGGGGUUGGAGGCGUUGAAGCUCUAUACGCCAGAAGUAGAGCUAUGUAUGAAUCAUUUGGAGAUGUGAUUACAUUUGACACAACAUACCUGACUGAUGCCUAG